CUUCGAGCACGUGGUAUUUGCGCUUCGAGGUCAAGGGAGAUAGAGAGAAGCUUUCGUUUGGUUUCGUUGUUCUUAGCCGAAUCGCCCGCCAUUUCCACAGUGCUGUACUGGGAAGGAAGCUCGUUGUUGUGAAUUUGAAGGCUUAUUGCGUUUUGCUUGAUUCAGCUUCUUUGAAUCGAAGCUCCAUGGUUCAGUUAAUGAGAUCAGAGACUAACUGCCUGAAAAAGGUCAAAUUGGAGGUUGAGGACUCUGGUGAUGAUGAACUUCGCAUUCUUCACAAGCGGCCUAAAUUGAACUCUUCUCACGAGUGGAGUUGUAAUGAUGAUCCGCGAUCGAUCCCGCCAGCUUUUUACAAUCCCCUUGAUGAGCCUAGCCCGCUGGGGUUGCGUCUUAAAAAGAGCCCAUCCCUUCUGGAUUUAAUUCAGAUGAGACUCUCCCAAGCAGAUAAUUCGAAAUUAGCGGCAGCCAAUAAGAAAGAUCACAAGGGGGCUAAAGCUUCCAUCACUGCUGAUGGUAAACUCAAGGCCUCGAAUUUUCCUGCAUCCAUUUUAAAAAUUGGGUCUUGGGAGUACAAGUCAAGAUAUGAAGGAGAUUUGGUGGCAAAGUGUUACUUUGCAAAGCAUAAGCUUGUAUGGGAAGUUCUUGAUGGUUGUCUGAAGAAUAAGAUUGAAAUCCCGUGGUCUGAUAUCAUGGCUCUGAAGGCAAACUACCCUGAUGACGGACCAGGAACCCUUGAAGUUGUGCUGGCUAGAAGACCCUUAUUUUUUAGGGAGAUCAAUCCACAACCAAGGAAGCAUACCUUGUGGCAGGCAACAUCAGACUUCACUGGCGGACAAGCAAGCAUACAGAGGCGGCAUUUUCUGCAGUGCCCACAAGGACUAUUAGGAAAGCAUUUUGAGAAGCUAAUCCAGUGUGAUCCACGCCUAAACUUCUUAAGUCAACAACCUGAUAUAGUGUUGGAUUCUCCUUAUUUUGAACUCAAAACUGCAAUUGAUGAUCAACUUGAAUCAACUGCUUCUUUGAAUAGAAUAGGCAGAGGACAAGCUGGUUUGUUUGAGUUGCAGGAUGUGGAAUCAGAAUCAGCGGUUCAGUCAUCUUCCUCAAAAAGUGAACACAAUCUUGUGGGCAGAGCUUUUGAAAAUGUUUCGCAGGAAAUAACUUCUACUCCUAGCUCAGUUAUGGAGCCUCAGAGAAUCAGACACCUGAGUAGAGAAGCUGACACUCUGAAGUUUCUCAACAAUUUGGAUCAGAUCAUAGUGCCCGGACUUCACCCAUCAAUGUCAAUGAAUGAUAUAGUUAACCACAUUGGAAAUUGCAUUUCAGAACAGAUGACAUCUGGCAAUCCUGCUUUUGCUAGUGACAAUCAAAGCAGACAAAUCCUGGAAGAAAUCACCCAAUACUUGCUCAACGACUCCCUAGUCACAGCAGCCUCGGACGAACAGUUUCUCAUGUCAAGGGUUAAUUCAUUGUGUUGCCUUCUGCAGAAGGAUCCUGCAACUGCACAAGACACAAAUGUGAGAAAUUAUAAUCCUGAUGGUAGUGCGAGAGUAUCACAAAAAACAAACUUGGAUCUGGAGUUAUCAUGUAGAAGUACAGUUGUUGAAUCUGGGGAUGAUGAUGCUUCUGGAAGCAAGCAGGUCAGUGGCAGUGGCAUGCGCAGGAAGGAAUCAGUAGGUGAGCUGCUACUUAAUCUUCCAAGGAUAGCUUCUUUGCCACAGUUUCUAUUCCCGAUGUCAGAUGAUUCUGUUAAUCGAGUUAGAUAGUGGUGAUCUGAAUCUGAUCCUAUUGUUAGAAGCAACAACAUGAAGUAAUGUUUGAGAGGGAAUUUCAUGUUUGCUGUUUGUUUGUACCUCAACUUCUAACGCGGGGAUUCAGAGAUUCACAAUAUUGAUGAAGAAUCCUGACAAAAUGUUACUUACUACUUAAGCAGUUGUAGGCUUACCUGACGACUUGUGACUAUAUGUGAAAUGUAUGUAUAUGAUGAUGUUUGUGUUUUAAAUGUUAAAAUCCACAUGGCAUCUUUUGCCUUGAUGAAGUUUACAAUGAUAGAGAGGUAUAUUUCAGUAUGUGGCAAUUCAUAGGAUCGUGUUUGUUUUCAUUUCAAUUGUCAAAUAACAGGAGAUGAAUUUUUAUAUCUGUUAACCGUUUUAA